AUGAAUUAUCAUAAUUCAAAAAAUUCUGCUGCAAUUUUAGAAAAGAGUUUAACAAAAUUUCGUGGUGAUGCAAAUAUAGCAUCGUUUGCUUAUCUAUUUGUUGAACUGGUGAAAUAUUCAAUGCGUAAUGUAUCCAGUAUGGAUCUUGUCCAGAAAAGACUUUCCGAUUUUGGUAAAGCAGUCGGUGAACGUAUGGUCGAUGUUGUCUAUGCACGAGAUAAACCACAGAAACGUGAUAUUCGCUUGUACAAUGCACUGAUAUUUUUAAAAAGUAACUUUUGGAAAAGUAUCUUUGGCAAAGAAGCGGAUGAAUUAGAACGUGAUGGUGUAGACGAGAAUAUUUUUUAUAUGAUUGAACAUGAACCACUGGUGAAUCGAUUUACACGUUUCACUUAUGAAGAUAAAGAUGAAAAGCGUAAAACAGCUACACCGCUUAAUGUGGCAGCGUUCAGUGCUGGAGUGGUUGAAGCUUUCCUAUCGAAUAUUGGCUUUCCUUGUACAGUUUCAGCAACUUGGUAUAAGGGAACAGCGUAUGUGAUAAAAUUCGAUGAAUCAGUGAAUACUCGUGAAAGACAACUGGAAGGUCGUUAA